GAACGACGGGAGGAGAGAGCAACAAAUCAGCACCACGGUGUUGGACAUGUGACCGGUGUGUGGUCGCUCUGUCACCGCUACACCUGCCGGGAUUCCACACAGCGGAGGGUCUCUGCUGCAGCUCCCACAUCGGCGCCGAGAGGAGGAACAUGGACACCGCGGACCAAGGUGCUCAGGUAGAGCCGCUGCUGCCGACGGUCAAUUCUUCCUUUGGCUCAUCAGUUGGGCGUAGAAGUUUGAGGAGUGAUGAUGAGGCCGUGGUGGACCGAGGAGGAACGCGAAGCCAACAGGGAACUAACUUUGAGAAAGAAGAUCUUGAAGGCCACAGGACUCUCUACAUCGGGGUCCACGUCCCGUUGGGCAGCACCAGGCACCGCAGCCAUCGCAGGCACCGUCACCAUGGCAACAAACACAAGAAGAGGCUCAGUGAGCGGGCCCCAACCUUGGUGGAGGGUAGAGAGUCUCCUCUUUAUGACACUCCCUCCCAGAGAGUGCAGUUCCUGCUCGGCACUGAGGAUGAUGAUGAGGAGCACAUUCCUCAUGACCUCUUCACGGAGAUGGAUGAAAUCUGUCUGAGGGACGGAGAGGAUUCCGAGUGGAGGGAAAGUGCCAGGUGGCUGAAGUUCGAGGAGGAUGUAGAGGACGGGGGAGAACGUUGGAGCAAACCCUAUGUAGCCACUCUGUCUCUGCACAGCCUGUUUGAGCUGCGGAGCUGCAUCAUCAACAGCACCGUGCUGCUCGACAUGAGGGCGAAUAGCAUUGAGGAGAUUGCAGACAUGGUCUUGGACCACCAGGAGUUAUACGCGCCUCUGGGAGAUGUGCUCAGAAAGAAAGUACGGGAAACCUUACUGAAGCAGCAUCAUCACCAGAACCAGAAGAAGCUGGCUAACCGCUUGCCAAUCGUUCGUUCACUUGCCGACAUGGGUCGACGGGCAUCUGAGCUCCACCUGGACAAGAAUGAUCAGAUGUCUUCCUCCCAAUCUCAGUUAGCGGGUCCAGAUGGAAAAGGGGACGCCAGUAGAGAUAACAGUUCUGUGGACUUUAGCAAGAUAGACCUUCACUUCAUGAAGAAGAUCCCGCCAGGGGCAGAGGCCUGUAAUGUCUUAGUGGGAGAGCUGGAGUUUCUGAACAAGCCGGUGGUGGCGUUCGUACGCCUGUCACCGGCGGUCCUGCUCAGCGGGCUGGCAGAAGUCCCCAUCGCCACAAGGUUCCUGUUCAUUCUUUUAGGGCCUCUGGGCAGAGGGCCUCAGUAUCAUGAGAUCGGGCGGUCGAUUGCAACACUUAUGACAGAUGAGGUUUUCCAUGAUGUUGCCUAUAAAGCCAAAGACCGCAACGAUCUGAUCGCCGGGAUCGAUGAAUUUCUCGAUCAAGUGACUGUCCUGCCUCCGGGAGAGUGGGACCCCUCUAUACGAAUAGAGCCACCGAAGAAUGUACCUUCACAGGAGGGGCGGAAGAAGAGUAACAUUUUACCGAAUGGAUUAGUAGAGGGUGAAGAAGAGGAGGAGCAAGAUGGCCACGCGGGUCCAGAACUGCAGCGGACCGGAAGGUGGUUUGGCGGCCUCCUCCUUGACAUCAAGCGCAAGGCGCCCCACUACCUGUCUGACUACACUGACGCGUUCAGUUUACAGUGCGUGGCCUCUUUCCUCUUCCUCUACUGUGCCUGCAUGUCCCCUGUCAUCACCUUCGGAGGACUUCUGGGCGAGGCAACAGAAGGACGCAUAAGUGCAAUUGAGUCGCUGUUCGGAGCCUCUCUGACUGGAAUCGCCUAUUCCCUGUUCGCCGGGCAGCCGCUCACCAUUCUGGGCAGCACGGGACCAGUGCUCGUGUUUGAGAAGAUUUUAUUCAAAUUCUGCAAGGAGUAUGGCUUGUCCUAUCUGUCGCUGAGGACCUGCAUCGGUCUGUGGACGGCUUUCCUCUGCAUCCUGCUGGUGGCCACAGACGCCAGCUCCCUCGUUUGUUACAUCACACGUUUCACAGAGGAAGCCUUCGCCUCGCUCAUCUGCAUCAUCUUCAUCUACGAGGCCUUGGAGAAACUCAUCCACCUGGGGGACCAUUACCCCUUCAACAAGAACAACAACCUGGACAAACUCACCACAUACUCAUGUUCAUGCGUCGAGCCCUCUGACCCCACCAAUGCUACUCUGAAGUAUUGGGAGGUCACCAAUGUCACCGCCUCAGAAAUCUACUGGGAAGCGCUGGAGGUCAAGGACUGUAUUAAGAACCGUGGGGAGUUUGUGGGCAGCGCCUGUGGCCCCAAGGGGCCCUACGUUCCCGACGUCCUCUUCUGGUGUGUCAUUCUCUUCUUCUCCACCGUCAUCAUGUCCUCCUUCCUCAAGAACUUCAAGUUCAGCAAUUACUUUCCCACUAAGGUGAGGUCAAUCAUCAGUGACUUUGCCGUCUUCUUCACCAUCCUUACCAUGGUCCUAGUCGACUACGCUUUAGGGAUCCCCUCCCCGAAACUACAGGUUCCCAGCGUAUUUAAGCCAACCAGAGAUGAUCGGGGCUGGUUCAUCAACCCUCUGGGGCCGAACCCCUGGUGGACCGCAGUCAUCACGGUGGUUCCAGCUCUGCUCUGUACCAUCCUCAUCUUCAUGGACCAGCAGAUCACAGCCGUCAUUAUCAACCGGAAGGAGCACAAACUCAAGAAAGGCUGUGGGUACCACCUGGAUCUGUUCAUGGUGGGGGUCAUGCUCGGCGUGUGCUCUCUGAUGGGCUUGCCCUGGUUCGUGGCGGCCACCGUCCUUUCCAUCAGCCACGUCAACAGCCUGAAGCUCGAGUCGGAGUGCUCAGCUCCCGGGGAACAGCCCAAGUUCCUCGGCAUCAGGGAGCAGCGCUUCACCGGCCUCAUGAUCUUCACCCUGAUGGGCUGCUCCGUCUUCAUGACGUCGGUGCUGAAGUUCAUUCCCAUGCCCGUCUUGUACGGAGUAUUCCUGUACAUGGGAGCUUCUUCUCUCAAAGGCAUCCAGUUCUACGACCGUCUCACACUGUUCGGGAUGCCGGCUAAGCACCAGCCAGACUUCAUCUACCUACGACACGUACCACUGAGGAAGGUGCACCUCUUUACCAUCAUCCAGCUCACCUGUUUGAUUAUGCUCUGGGUCAUCAAGACCUCCAAGGCGGCCAUUGUUUUUCCCAUGAUGGUGUUGGCUCUGGUGUUCAUCAGGAAGCUGAUGGACUGUUUCUUCACCAAGAGAGAGCUGAGCUGGCUGGACGACCUCAUGCCAGAGAGCAAGAAGAAGAAGCUUGAGGAUGCUGAAGAGGAGGAGGAGCAGAGUAUAGUGGCAGAAGAUGACGGAGGAGUGCAAGUGCCAUUAGAAGGAUACAAAGGGAUACCCAUCAUCAAUAUCACAGAUGAGAUGUCAAAAGGUUCUUUUGGAAACACUUGGAAUGCGAACAGCUAAAGCCAGCAAAUCAUUACGUUCACUCACAGUAUUUCACAACGACCAGUGUGCACGAUGAGACGUGUUCGAUGAUGAAGACGGAGGACACUGUUGUGAGUCUUUGUCCUUUUCUGUGUGUUUUUGUAAACAAAUCUAUAUAUAAUGCUGCAGUGUAUCAACCCUUUAAGUGAAGUCUUGUAAAUCUGUGUGUGUGUGUGUGUGUGAAUAAUCUGAUGUCAUGAACUCGUUAAACCUCCUGCUGGUACUUUCUUGUGUUGUUACUGUCAAAUUUAAGACUUUCUCAGUCUGGAUACUGGAUCGCUCACACUGAAUGUAAACCACCAAAAUGUAAUAGGCCGGUCUUGCUGAGAGACUGUUUUCCAGUUUUUUGUCCUUGGAUCAGUUUGUAAAAGUCUUUUUAUACACUUUGUAUUUUGAAAUACCGUGACAUAAACAUAUCCUUCAACCCUUUAUCUGUUUAUAUACCAAUUCCUUAUGAUUCCUUAGGCACUGGAUAUGAUGUGAAAUUAAAUAUGAAGUAUUUUAAAAGCCCAUGAUCGUUCCUGACCAUAACCAUAUAAAAAAACGUCCUUAAAAGCCAUAUAUAAAUAUAUAGAAAUCUUUUAACGUGAAAAGUAAAGUACACAUCAGCCUGUGGAUGUCUUUAUAUCAGCCAGGACUGCUCUGAUUACAUUGUGAUAAUGUUUCUUGAGAGGAAUCAUUGCUUUAAAGUAACUGAUAAAGGGCAACACUGUACCUUCAUCGUUUGACAACCAAAUGCAAUAGCACUUUUUUCGUCAGAAUGUCAAUAUUAUAUUUAUGCAAGCAAUUAUUUAUCUAUAUAUUAUAUUAUCUAUAUUUUGUGCACUAUAUAUCCUAACAGAGAAUUGCAGUAUUUUGCCUCCUGGUGUUGAUGUAUUGCUUAUAUUGUAAAUGUCAAUUUUCAUGAUUACACAAUUGGUUUUAAUGCUUGUAUAAAGUUUGAUGAAUCAUGACAUUUAAAAGCUUUUACCAUUAUGGCAUUUAAUACGCCUGAAGAGUUCAAUGAAGCCGGAAUAGAAGAGUUUAUUUCUAAAAAUAUAUUAAAUGAUUCAAUUAUGUUCUGUGCAUCAUGUCAAUGUUAUUUUGACUUAAUACAUUUCUAUGACCAC